UCCCGCGCUCACUAGGGAGAGGCGUUGGGGAGCUCAUGACCCACGCGGCUCAGCCAGUGGCUGACGCACCCUCGAAAAGUUGCGCUCCGACCUUCUCACGACCUACAUUCUUCCCGGGCACUCCUGAGUUUGAGCUGGACCCGGAGGACCUGGGCCAAGACUUUCCAGCGGCGGCCGCCCCUGGGGCGAGAAGCCGGCCCCGCUUUCCUGACGGGGUCCAGCGCAGGCGUCCCCGGGACCGCAGCGCAAACUUUCUGGACUGUCUGAGGACGCUUGUCCAGCGAGCGCCACUGCUCGGGGAGGAGGAGCCACGGUCGGGGACAGGUGAUACACUUGGGCGUUGAAGGACAUUUUUUGAAAUCAUGAGAACUGAAUGUUUGACUAUGAAUGUUUCGUUAUAACUGCCUGGAAGGUUAGAGUCAAAGAAGUUGAGGUUUUUGAAGUCUUCUUCUAGGGGUUUCCAGCAGAGCUAAAUGUUAGAGAAAUCUUUCCGCUCCUCUGAAGAGUGAAGUGAGCAAAUACAACCCAGCAGUAGGUUAUUGAAGACAGCAGCCCCAGGUUUUGGAAGGUGACAAUGAAAUGUGAAGAAGUUCCAUUUCUCAAACCUGAAAGUUAGUGACUGCUACCAAAUUUUAAUGAAAAUUAAAUAUGACUUAGAAGUAUUGAUUUAUGAAGUCUUAUGAUGUCAUCAGUUUCGACAGGAAGCAAACUCCAGCAGGCUGUGAGCCUACAGGGAGUUGACCCAGAAACAUGCAUGAUUGUAUUUAAAAACCACUGGGCACAGGUUGUGAAAAUCUUGGAGAAGCACGACCCCUUGAAGAACACCCAGGCAAAAUAUGGGUCUAUCCCUCCAGAUGAGGCCAGUGCUGUGCAGAAUUAUGUAGAACACAUGCUCUUCUUGUUGAUUGAAGAGCAAGCCAGGGAUGCUGCAAUGGGGCCGAUUCUGGAAUUUGUGGUCUCUGAGAACAUCAUGGAGAAACUUUUCCUUUGGAGCUUGAGAAGGGAAUUUACUGAUGAGACUAAAAUUGAGCAGCUAAAGAUGUAUGAGAUGUUGGUCACCCAGUCGCACCAGCCUCUGCUGCACCACAAACCCAUUCUGAAACCUCUGAUGAUGUUGUUGAGCUCUUGUUCAGGAACAACCACCCCCACUGUGGAGGAGAAGCUGGUUGUCCUACUCAAUCAGCUCUGUUCCAUUCUUGCCAAAGAUCCAUCCAUUUUAGAACUCUUCUUCCACACUAGUGAAGACCAAGGCGCUGCCAACUUCCUCAUCUUCUCCCUUCUGAUUCCCUUCAUUCACCGAGAGGGGGCAGUAGGCCAGCAAGCUCGGGAUGCAUUGUUAUUCAUCAUGUCUCUCUCUGCUGAGAACAACAUGGUGGCCCAUCACAUCGUGGAGAACACCUACUUUUGUCCAGUACUUGCAACUGGGCUCAGUGGUCUCUACUCUUCCCUGCCUACAAAGCUAGAAGAGAAAGGCGAGGAAUGGCACUGCCUUCUGAAAGAUGACUGGCUUCUACUUCCUUCUCUUGUCCAGUUCAUGAACUCCCUGGAGUUUUGCAAUGCAGUCAUACAGGUGGCUCACCCCUUGAUUCGAAAUCAGCUUGUCAAUUACAUUUACAAUGGAUUUUUGGUACCAGUCUUGGCUCCUGCUCUCCAUAAGGUGACUGUGGAGGAGGUCAUGACCACAACUGCAUAUCUGGACCUUUUCCUGCGUAGCAUCUCUGAGCCAGCACUACUUGAGAUCUUCCUCCGUUUUAUCCUAUUGCACCAGCACGAGAAUGUCCACAUCCUAGACACUCUCACGAGUCGAAUCAACACCCCGUUUCGGCUUUGUGUGGUGUCCCUGGCAUUAUUCAGAACUCUCAUUGGUUUACAUUGUGAAGAUGUGAUGUUACAGCUAGUUCUAAGGUAUCUGAUCCCCUGCAAUCACAUGAUGCUGAGUCAGAGGUGGGCUGUGAAGGAGAGAGACUGUUACUCUGUUUCUGCGGCCAAGCUGCUUGCCUUGACUCCUGUCUGCUGCUCCAGCGGGAUCACUCUGACGCUGGGGAACCAAGAGAGGGAUUAUAUUCUCUGGUCGAAGUGUAUGCAUGACACUUCAGGGCCUGUGGAGUGGCCAUUCCCUGAAGCAUUCUCCCAGUCAGCCUGCAUUGUGGAGUAUGGGAAAGCCUUGGACAUCAGCUACCUGCAGUAUCUGUGGGAGGCCCACACCAACAUCCUCCGCUGCAUGAGGGACUGCCGUGUCUGGUCCGCCCUGUAUGAUGGCGACUCCCCCGACCCUGAGACGUUUCUCCAGGGUCUGACGGAGGAGGGCAGUGUGAGCUCGGCCUGCCCUGUGUUCGGGCUCCCGCAACAACUCCCCAGGAAGACGGGACCUCAGCUGGCUCCCAGAAAGGACAAGAGCCAGACAGAGCUGGAAUGGGAUGACAGCUAUGACACUGGAAUCUCCUCAGGGGCUGACGUGGGCUCCCCAGGGCCUUAUGAUGAUCUGGAGGUUUCACGCCCCCCGGCACCCAUCGAUCCCCCAAAACACAUCCAGGAGAUGAAGAAGAAUGCCAUCCUGCUCUUCAAAGGGUCCUACAUAGAAGAGUCGGACUUUCAGGAUGAUGUGAUGGUGUACAGGCUGUGUGCUGAGAAGGACUCUGAGGAUGUGAAGGAUUCUCAGGAGGAAGCUGCUAGGCCACCAGCUGAAGCCCAGGCUGAAGUUCAGAGUGUUCCCAUCAACAAUGGCUCCCUCCUCAGCACCCAGCCAGAGACAGAUUCAGAGGAGGAGUGCAGUAGGGACAAUUCAGACCCAUUUCACAGUGAGCCCAUGGAGCCAAAGCAAGAGAGGGAACCUGAAGCAGCCACAGAAUCCAACUCAGAGUUAGCAUCCCCUGCCCCUGAGGCAGAGGACAGCUCUAACCUGACGGCCGCCAACCCGGAGAGCGAGGAUCUCAUUGCCCAGUAUGAUCAAAUCAUUAAAGAGCUGGAUUCCAGCGCCGAGGGCUUGAUGGAACAGAAUUUCCCCACACCUGAUCCCUUGCUUCUCACUAAGGAGGAAGAAGGGAAGGAAGAAGAGAGCAAAGGAGAAAAGGAGGAGGAGGGGAAGAAGGAGCUAGAAGAGGAGGAGGAUGACUUUGACUCUUUUAUAGCGGAGACACCUGCUGUAGAGACUGUGCUUUCCCCGUUUGUGGGGAGAGAUGAGGCUGUCUUUGCCAGUCGCCAUCCUGUGAGGACUCAAAGCACCCCAUUCACAGGCCCAUUCAUCAGCGUGGUCCUGUCAAAGCUGGAGAACAUGCUGGAGAACUCUUUACAUGUUAAUUUGCUGCUUAUUGGGAUCAUUACUCAGCUAGCCAGCUACCCCCAGCCACUCCUGCGCUCCUUUCUGCUCAACACCAACAUGGUCUUCCAGCCAAGCGUCCGCUCUCUCUAUCAGGUCCUUGCAUCUGUGAAAAACAAGAUUGAACAGUUUGCCUCUGUGGAGAGAGACUUCCCAGGACUCCUCAUACAAGCCCAGCAAUACCUGCUCUUCCGUGUGGACAUGUCUGAUAUGACCCCUGCGGCACUAACCAAAGAUCCCAUUGAGGAGGCUUCCAAGACAGGAAGUGGCAAGAACCUUUUGGAUGGACCUCCAAGAGUGCUUCAGCCCUUCCUGACCCACCGAACCAAGGUGGCUGAGGCACCCCCCAACCUGCCCCUGCCAGUGAGGAACCCCAUGCUGGCUGCUGCCCUCUUCCCAGAGUUCCUGAAGGAGCUGGCAGCCUUGGCCCAGGAACACUCCAUUCUGUGCUACAAGAUACUGGGUGACUUUGAGGACUCCUGUUGUUAGCUUCUUUUUUUUUUUUUUUUUUUUUCUUUUAAUAGAGGUUCUUGUUUUAUAAGGUUUUAGUGUCUUGACUGAAUGUUAAAUGCAAAGCUGCUUACAAAGAUUUCUACUUUAAUGUUUCCUGACAAUACUUGAUUUGUGGGGAGGGGAAUUUUCUGUAUCUUUCCUCUCUCUCUCUAGCCGGGCCUUUCCACCUUAUGUUAUAUAUAGAAUGUAAGUCUCAUAAGCUGGUUGCUCCCAUGGCAGUUUUCUUUGCUCCGUUUUUUCCUCCUUAUAUUUUUUGGGUGUCAUUCUCCUAUCCCUUUGAGUGAUUCAUCUUGCGGCUCAGAUCACACCAAGCAAUAUUGGGGUUCAGUGAUGUCCGGAAGUGCCCCAUGUCAGAAUCCCAGCUGUUCAGCAGCAGCACCACAGGAAGACUGUACACCUGCAACUGCGCGGAUGGUCCUGUUGCCUCCUGCAUUUUGGCCUCUGUUUUAUAAAGGAAGAAUAAAGACGGAGCCCCUCCUGCCUCCAUCACGAAAGCACAUAUCAUCUGUCCCUUUGGAUUUUACUUCCAGGACAUGUGUUGCCUUAUGGUGCCGGCAGAGCCACUGGUCUCAGCUCUCUGCCUGGGAAGUCGGAUGUCCUUGGAGAGAAUUUGGAAUGCAGAGAAUUUUUCUUAUUUCUUGAGGGCUUACUUUAAUCAGCAUGACACUACCUAAACACUGAAGAUGGCCUUAUUUUAGUAAGAUUUGCACAAAAUUAAGUAUACCUAUGCAAACUGUUACUUUGGUUUUUAGGAGUUUUAUCAGAUGAAGAAAGUAUGUUCUCACAUAUGUAUGUAAGAAGACAGCCAUCAUUAUUUUUAUACGUGUUUUAUAAAAACAAACUGAUUAACUUGUGAAGCCAUUUCAUAGUGGGUUUCUUCAGGGAGGGUAAGCUGGGUGGGGUGGGGAGAUAAACUAAAUGUAGCCUGUAAAAACACUGGUCAUUAUUUAAAAUUCUAUUCGCGUUUGCUAAUAAGCUGCACUCUGUAGAGAAACAGGAACUGUACAGCCCACCUCGGGAUCUUGGAUGUAAAUGCAAACAGGUCACCUGGAGCCCUGCAAAGCCAAGUGCCUGCUGCUGACUCACUCUGCAUGGAAAUGCUGCCUUCCGAGUAAUGGGGUUCAUUAGAAGGCCCCACCGUGUUGUAUGAGCAACCCUCUGCUGCUCUGCAGCCUGCUCCAAGAGGCAGGAUUAUACUUAGAGCCCAGCCAUGUUAAACCACCACCAAGAGCGGAAAACACAGAAUAACUGUGAGCUGAAAAUGAGACCGUAAACAACUGAUUUUUAUGGAUAUUAAAUUCCACUCCCCUCUAUUUUGGGCCCAGUUCUGCAGGUGAGAAGCAAGUAACGGACGUGAGCCUGCCUGUUUGGAGGGAAAUUGGAAGCCUCGGCUCUCUCUGUGCUUUGUGGGCAUCUCUGUGGAGCCCCGAGGGCAGCCACAGGUCUGUUGGUUGUGCCUCUGGAGCACUGGUUCGGUCUUCAUCAGGCCCCUCAUGCACAGGCAGGGCAGUGGAGGAAGGAACCACACCUGUGAUGCUGUGGAGCAGUGGAGGCCCUUUUGUGCUUCAGGAAUCUUGAAGCAGCUUUGUAUUGAGCAAAUGAGAAAUUGAGAGCUGGCCUGUGAAAUGACAACAGGAGACCUGACCCGGGCAGGGUGAGCUGUUAGGAGCCAGCCUUGCUUUCGUGUUUCAUAGUCCAAGCAAGACACCAAAGAUUCCUACUCACUGUACAUUUCUGUUUGUCUUGACAAAUGGUUUGCUCAGCUGUGGUGCAGCAGCCAGAAGGGAUGAGGCACAGCAGACUGACCUGCUCCUGGCUUCCUGAUGUCUGUUUGUAUUUGCACAGCCCACAAGUCUCCAUUAGAAGAAAAGGUAGCUUAAGAUAGAGAAAGAGGAAUAGUUGAAGAUGGAAGUUCGGCUGUAAUUUGUUAUACUCUAACUUUGUUUUUUGCACAAGUAUUUAUCUUCUUGUUUGGACUUACAAAGUCAUAAAAUCUUAAUGCCACAUCUGGAAAUGGAAUUCUUUAGCUUCGUGGUUUGAUUUACACCUCUCUCUAUUAUCUGGUGGUGGUGUUGAUUCUUCUUGAAUCCGUAUUUCUGCAUUGUAGAACACCAUGGUCCCCUUUGUGGAAGGUUUCCUUUGGGAAAAGAUUGAUUUUGUGCGUCUUACUGUUUUUUUCAAUAGGUACUGAAAUAAACUUAAUUAUUUUGUUUUUUUGAGACAGGGUCUUGUGCUGCCUGGGCUAGAGUGGAGUGGUGUGAUCACAGCUCACUGUAUCCUCCACCUCCUGGGCUCAAGUGAUCCUCCCACCUCAGCCUCCUGAGUAGCUGGGAAUAAAGGAACGUGCCACCACACCCAGCUAACUUUUUGGUAUAGUUUGUAGAGAUGGGGUUUCACCAUGUUGCCCAGGCUGGUCUUAAAGUCCUGGGCUCAAGCGAUCAUCCCGCCUUGGCCUCCCGAAGUGCUGGGAUUACAGGUGUGAGCCACUGGGCCCAGCCUGAAGUAGACUUACUUUAAAUGACGACACAGAUGACUGGUGUGUGCAGUGACAGGCAGGAGAAUUUAACUUCCCAUGCUGGGGUGCUGGCAGCAAACUCACACAAUAACGCUAACUUCCUAUUUGGAUUUGGAAACCGGCUCAUGUUUCUGAAUCCAUCACAGUCCUCAGAGGUUUGUGUCCAUAGUUUUGCAAAAUGAAGUCAGAAAAUGGAGCUGGACAUAGAGAGAAUGGGAAAACCCAUGUGGCUGAGUGAAGUAACUAGAAGUGGGUUUUUUAGGGAGUGACUAGACAUGCCAAAAGAAAAACAGCAGAGAACUGAGUCUACCCACAGGAGAAGAGCAAAUCCUACAUGGUUCAGGGAGGUGAACAUUGAUCUAGGUGGAUAUGAAGAAACCAGGGAGUGGGUGGGUGAGAGUGGGAACUCCUUGUCGGGAAAAAAAAUCAUUGGCAAUGAGGUAGAAUAUUCCGCUCCUAAAGUAAAUCGGCAAGCCCUUAGAAAUAUCUUUUUUUGCAAUGAGUUGGGGGGGAAAUCUUAAAUAUGUUUGGCAUGCUUAAAAAUAUGGUCCGAGAGUGUGGGCACUUCUCUGUGUGACAGGCUCCCACACCAGUCGCUGUGCCCCUUCCUGGAAGAACGUAGGGGAAGAGAAACCAUGGGUACUGCCCCCUGAUGCAGCCCCUGAGCUGGGGUCACUGCGUCUGGCCUGGGCGGGAAAGGUGAGAUAGCCAAGGGUUCCUAGAGUAUCACAACAUUAACCUCAAUUCAUAAUUCAGGGCCUGACUUAAAGUUCCAGACUGAGUGACUUCUGUGGUUCAAAAUGUAUGAGAGCACUGGGAUAUUUAAAAUUGAUUUUUUGGAAAUGGCCAAGUAAAUGUUUUUAAAAUUUUACACAAAGCAAUUCCAGGUUAGAUUCACCCUAAAACAUAAUUUCAUGGCUGGUAAAAUACAAUUUCCCAACCAUGAAAUGGGAGUGCUGGAAUAGCCAGUUAGAGACGUGAUUUUUCUUUACUAUUAAAUACCUCCUUUCCCUGGUAUUUAGAGGAAUUGUGAAGUCGUCCCCAUUUUGUUGAGUAUUAUUUUGGAAAAUACUUUGAUGUGCUUGGGUUGGAGUGGAUGUCUGUCAGGUGUUAGGAUGCAUUCAGUAUUUUUCUAGGUCAUCAGGAGUACCCUUUCCUUAGCAGGUAGCUUUUAUUUAGGUCAGAUAUAGUUGAUUUCUGUCCAGGAUAAAACAUCAUGGAGCCAGGGUCUUGUCAGGAAAGCAUCCUCUUAUGAACAGAAUCUAGAAACAGGCUCCAUGAAUAUUGAGGUUGCCUGUUUAAUGUGGGCAGACAGUGGGUACUCCGGGUUGAAAGUUGUUUCCAGUGUCUCUGAAUCAGCUGGGCUGUCCCGUCAUGUGGACCGAUUCCCAGGUCUGGUGGAGGUUUAGGGUUGUGGAUGGGCUGCUCUUCUGAAUCUGGAUCAGCGUGUCUAGGUUGUCUUCAGGAGGGAAGCACAGCCGCAGCAGCCUGGACAAAUCCAGGGCUUUAACAACGGCAUCGUCCUCUGGGAAUAAUCAGCCCUUAAGACGGUCACUUGACAUCAUAGUUCUGGUGAACUAUCUUUAUCUGGCUGCACCCCUUUUUAAGUAAGCCCUUCAUUUUAAAUGUCCCGGUGUGGUGUUCAGUAUCUGCAUAUGCCCCAGUUCUCAUUUAAGGGCAGUUCAAUGUAAUUGCUGAUUACCAGCCCUGUAUUUACUGAAAUGGCUGUCUGUCAUGCUUGCCAUUUUUAUGAAACACUUUACUGCAGGUCAGCUAUUACUGCAUGUGCUACUUCAAGACACUGGCUCAGGCUGGUGUCAUGUGUGGUUUGCUGCAAACGGCAGCCUGUUUUGUAGUGUGAGCUCUUCCUGGAAACAGCAGUCUCUUGUAGCUGAUGCCACAUCAGCUUUAGGUCAUUAAGAAGAUAUUCUAGGCCCCUUGUUGCUUCAGCCAUCAUUCUAUAAAUCACCCAACACUAAUUCUCCAUCAAGUCACUGCUUAAAACAGAACACAGUCAAACCAGUUCAUGUUCUACCCUUAAAUCACAUCGUUGAGGAAACAUUGUAAGAGAAUGAAGUUGACUCUUUCCCCUCCCCUUCUUUUUGAAUGACCAUCGUAAACCUAAUGCUUUAGAAAGAGCUCUCAGAAGACUGAGAAUGGUUUUUAGGAUAAUUUUGCCUCAGUAAAUCCUCUCUAUGUUCAGGCACUUAUUAGGCCAUUACUUGUUUUGGGACUACAGAUUAUUCUGGCAGCUCAUUAACUGGAUAAACAGGACUUUAGUGAAAGAUUUUCAGAGGUUCUUUAGGGAAAAGGAGCAGGACAGGAUGGGUGGAAGCCUUCAGUUCUUUGACCUCUUGCACCUAGAAUCCUAAAAUCGAUCAAGAUUUUAGCUAGGACUGACCUUUCCUAGCUUGUAGGGUCACUGUGAAUUUUGUUCCUGUCUUAAAAGGUUUAAGUUAACCUAGUUCACUAUUACCUACACAAGUAACAAGACGGCCAGUAGGACCUGUCAGCAUGACUUCAACAUGCACUCAGGCAUCUUUCGGGGAGUUUACAUUUACUGUAUCAUUUCAGAACACAACAAAGAUGAUGGAAGCUCUUAGGCCAGAUUAAAUUUCGUGGAGCGGAGGCUGCAGAAGUCUGUGCUUCUUAGUGUGUCAGCUGACUUUUUACUGGGACAAGUCUAUGAAAGGCCCACCUGUAACAAGGCCCCUUUUUGCCCUGUGGAUAUUUUGAAAGAGGGAAUUUGGUGUUGACAGUCUUACUUACACAACUCUUGCUAAGCUAUUUGACUAAAGGUUUCAAUCAGAUGCUUCCCACCUCACAGGCAGGGGUCAGCUCUGUUUGCAAAUAAUCCAUGAAUAUGUUUGUCUAAAACCUGCUGAAGAGGCACGGCAGCCACUUCCAUGCUGCUUUUGGUAAUGGGUAAAGAACACAGCCUUUCAGAUAGAUGUGGUGGCUUUUCCCCAAUAGUUACUAUGUAGAAACUAUGCAACUAAAUUCAAUGGAAAUGAAAGACACAAUAUGAAAUAGCGGGGCAUGGCCGUAAGCUCUCCUGAACUAUCCAACUCAAAAGCUGAAGGAGGGGGUGUACUUUCCGAAACUUCGAGGCCUUCUUAGUAAUUAUUUUAGCAAUAAUUACUAAAAUGUUAGUGGGGUGGGGGAGCUCAGCUAAAAUAUCCUUAUCUUGGUGCAAUAAUGAUCUAGGUUCUUUUUCCUAGGCCUGGGCCUACACCUUGAAAGACAGGAACAGAAGUUCACUUUGAUGUGUAACCCUGGACAGAGAUUAAACAACUCUUUUCUAGACCCAGAAUGUAGAAGCCUAGUAGUUGGUAUCACCAGUCUCUUCAAAAGGGCCCCACAAAAGCUUGUCCAUUAAUUUGCUUCAUACAGUAAGCGAGCUUUUACUGAAUAUUUCCUCUGUUAGACAGCAUGCAGAGUGCUAGGGCUGACACAUUCCUGCCUUCCCACCAGAACCCUCCAACCUCCUCCCCAGGCAACAGAACACGGGGUUUGGGCCUGAUCAGGCAGAGCUGGUUCAAGCCAGCCUGGGGCAGAGCCAGUUUUCCAGCACACUCCAACUUCUAGUCAGAGCCUCCGCAUGACACACCCAGCCUACAGGUGUGUGGAUUCCUGAGCCAGAUGGCAAUGGCAUCACCUGUGGCGCCAAUUCAUACAUUUUAAUGAGAUUUCUCCCUGAAGAGUGAACCAGGAGACCAGACUAAAUGCACACUCAUGCAAGAAUAUAAAAUCAUAUUUCAGAGGCCCCUUUACACGCAGAGCCAUCUUAGCGAAUUUCUUGGGGUGUUAAUGUAAAUAUAUCUUCAGAAUAUCUCAUCGGGUUUCAGUCAGAGCCAUGCUCUGGUUUUUUCCUAGUUGCAGUGAUACCAACUUACAAGGUUUGGCUUUCAGGAUUUCAGAAGCUGGCAUUCAAGACAACAGGCAAUUGUCAGAGCUGAAUGAGAAGCAGCCUGGGCAAAUCAAGGGCUUUAACAACGGCAUCUUCCUCUUUGCGGUUUUCACUUGACAUAAGAGUUUCGCUGAAGUGUCUUUAUCUGGCUGCACCCUCUUUUAAGUAAGCCCUUAAUUUUAAAUGGUCUGGAAAGAUCUUCGAUGCUUUCUGUAAGGUUUAGUCACCAAGAAGCCGGAACUUUUGGUGAAAAUGGAAUUUAUAAAACGAAACUGAACCUUAUCCUUUCUUACAAAAUAAAGAUCCUGUCAGACUCUAGUCUCAGACCACCUUUGCCCAUUUGUAAUUCAGAGACUUGCAGAGCGAGGAGAGAACUGAUUCAGCCUUACUCUCUUGUAGAGAGGUGUAGUGAAAAUCAUGUUACUUUAGACCCAGUAAUUUUCUGGACCGCAACAGGAUGCGGGGCACCUGGCUUCCAGGGUGAGGUCACAUAGUCUCUUAAAAUUCUGUCACUAAUUCUUUUAAAAUAUUUUUUUUUUUUAAACAAGUCACCUCCUCAUGCCUGUCCAAAAUGAACCACACAACUGGUUACCUUUCUCUGCCUACCUUUUGGGCUGGGGAAGAGGGGCACCGUUCUCAUCAUUCUCAGGGAAGUCCUGAGCAACUGUACAAGCCAGGAAGCAUGAGUCGCGGAAUUGGUGAUGGAGGGGUGUCCACUUUUUUCUAGUUCCUCAGCUGCUUCUGGAGCAGCGUUCACAACGGGAAUAUUUGUAUUGUCCUUGGUAGGCUACAGGUUCACAGCUUCAAAUCAAGGCCUCCAAGGAUUUUCUUCUCUUACAUCACAGUUUUGACAAGUAUGCUUUUAAAAACCAUUUGCAAAACUGGUCUUUAAGCGACGUGAGUCAGAGGUAACAAAGGCAUAUGCCGAACGAAGGUGUGCUCGGUGCCGUGGAGAGAACAGUAUUAGUGUCACAAGCACAGGGGUGCAGACAGCCCCGCCUUCGUCAUGCCUGCAGCGCACCACCAUUAUCGUGAAAGGUCAAGAUGGUGAUAAUUUAUAAUCUUAUUUCCAAGCAAAACAAGUCAAUUUCAUGUUACAACUUUUUUCUUGUUUCUUUUUAUCUUGUUUGGCCUGAGGGUUGGGGGAGUUGGGGGGAGUUGUCAACUGCACAAUCUUUGACGUGUAAGUUAAUUUUUAUGUGAUAUUUCAGUAUAUAUUUUAUUGAUUAAAUGUAUUUGAAAAUUUA